AUGGAAGAGAAGAUUAGUCGCCUGCAAAGCAAUCUGGAGACGGCGGAACGCUUGGUUCAGACCAAAUCUGAACUCAAUUUCAUCACGGGUGGUCAAAAGGAGAAAGCCGAUGGCAGCACGGAAACCGAGGGCAGGCAAGGGGAAAAGACAGUCGGUGGCAAACCGUCCGGGGACGAACAUGGCAGGGAGGAAGAGGAACAGCAGCAGCAGUUGGAUGAGGCAGCAGAUCUGGCGACGCGGACUCAAAUGCAACAGCAGAUGAGCAUUCAUCGCAAGAACCUCAGCAGUAUGAUGAUGCAACUGUCGAAUGCACAGGAGCACAUCAAAGACCUUACUGAACAACUGGAGGACAGUAAAGCUGAACUCGUACGUGCUCAGGAACGCGAGAAGUUGAAUGAGGAGCAUAAUGAACGUCUUUCCUCCACCGUGAGUUAA